GGUGAAUGGGGGCGACGGCUGCAGGGCCUGAGAUAGGCUGGCAGGGGCUCGCCCCCCGCUGCCCUCUUCUGCAGGGGCAGCGAGGUGCUGAAUCACCCUGCGGCCGGGCCGCACAGCCACCGCUCUCUCAGAUAAGGGGGUGCUUGAUAAGGAUUGUGCAUGGACUCUGGGAGACUGGAGGCUUGCUGCCGAGUCUAGUCUAGAGAGCUGGUUGAACUUUCUCAGGGGACCAGGCGCUUGAUUGCAUCAAUGCUUACGGGAGCGUUUGGGGUUUGGAGUCGGUGAUAGCUUACCCAUUUUAUAGCUAACUCACAGGCGUCUCAGAGGGCAAAGUGUUUCGAGGCCAUUUCUAGCAUGUGGCAGAAGCAAGAUUUCUACGUUGUUCUGUCACGCGACGUGGUGGCCACUCGGUUGGGCCUCUUUCCCAGUCCAUGUGUCGAUGGCUGAGGAGAUAAACAGCAGCAACGUACUGAGAUGAUGUAACGACGUGAAAGUAUUAGAAGGACUCGGUAUUUUCCCAGUGUUGUACACCCUCUUAUAGAUUCAGUGGUGGACCUGGAAGUACACUCGGUUAACAUUUCAGAUCUGCCUGGUAAACCUGGUGCACCACCAUGCUGGCCGCAAGACUUGUGUGUCUCCGGACACUACCUUCCAGGGUUUUCCAACCAGCUUUCACCAAGGCCUCGCCUGUUGUGAAGAGUUCCAUCAUGAAGCAUCAAUGGCUCUUAACACCCAGCAGGGAAUAUGCCACCAAGACGAGAGUUGGGAUCCGGCGUGGGAAAACUGUCCAAGAACUUAAGGAGGCAGCAGUGGAACCAUCAAUGGAAAAAAUAUUCAAAAUUGAUCAGAUGGGAAGAUGGUUUAUUGCUGGAGGGGCUGCUGUUGGUCUUGGAGCAUUGUGCUACUAUGGCUUGGGAAUGUCUAAUGAGAUUGGAGCUAUUGAAAAGGCUGUAAUUUGGCCCCAGUAUGUGAAGGAUAGAAUUCAUUCUACCUAUAUGUACUUAGCAGGAAGUAUUGGUUUAACAGCUUUGUCCGCCCUGGCAGUGAGCAGAACUCCUGUGCUUAUGAACUUCAUGAUGAGAGGCUCUUGGGUGACAAUUGGUGCAACCUUUGCAGCCAUGAUUGGAGCUGGAAUGCUGGUACAGUCAAUACCAUAUGACCAGAACCCAGGCCCAAAGCAUCUUGCUUGGUUACUACAUUCUGGUGUAAUGGGUGCAGUGGUGGCUCCACUGACAAUAUUAGGGGGGCCUCUUCUCAUCAGAGCUGCAUGGUACACGGCAGGCAUCGUGGGAGGCCUCUCCACUGUGGCCAUGUGCGCACCUAGUGAGAAGUUUCUGAACAUGGGAGCGCCCCUGGGAGUUGGCCUGGGUGUCGUCUUUGUGUCAUCACUGGGAUCUAUGUUUCUUCCACCCACCACUGUGGCUGGUGCCACUCUGUACUCAGUGGCAAUUUAUGGUGGAUUAGUUCUUUUCAGCAUGUUUCUUCUCUAUGAUACACAGAAAGUAAUCAAGCGUGCAGAAAUAGUGCCACCAUAUGGAGUCCAAAAAUAUGAUCCCAUCAAUUCGAUGCUGGGAAUCUACAUGGAUACGUUAAAUAUAUUUAUGCGAGUUGCCAGUAUUCUAGCAACUGGAAGCAACAGAAAGAAGUGAAGCAACUCAGCUUCUGACCUCUCCAGUACCUCGGAUAUCUUGUUUGUUUAAUAGGGGCAGGUGUUCACGGAAUAGUUUGUAUAAGCAGCUUUCACUGAUGUGUAGAAGAUAAGACUUGUCAGCAGGUUUCAGAUGUUUGGUGAUUUGAUGCUUCGGGUCUGCUUUCUCUUCUAAAGAAUAAAUUCAGUUGUUCUCUUCCAAAUAAGCACACACAUUUCCAGUUUCUCAAGUGUGAGUAAUUCUAAAACGUUUUAAUGAAUGUGAAGACUAAGGUUUGUGUUGUGAGGAUUUAACUGUUCUGUUUUAAAAUUUAUUUAAGUGAAAAUUAGCAGAUUUUGUUUUGCUGCAUAUUUUUUGAAAUGCAGAAAUAUUAAGUAAUGUCAUAAGUGACGUAGAAGUUUGGUAAAGGGACCAGAGAGAAGCAAGGGAUCACCGUCAGUCUUUCUUUGAAUACUUAGCACUUGUGUCGGUGGUGAGCCAGUGAGAGGGGUCUGGCUCUUUGGAGACAAAUUAAUCAUUGCCGUUUUCACAUUCAUCUUUUGAACUUAAUCAAAAGCAUUGACCAUAAACAAAGACCUAGGUGAUUCAUUCUCCCAAUGUUCCUUUCUUUCUCAGUGCUAUCUUUACAAUGUAGAAGUGAUCGUGUUUGCCUUUUCAUUGUUUGACAUUGUUAGGACAGUUGAGAAUUUUAAUCAUCUGGAGAAUUCCUGACGUAGUUAAAUAUGUUUAAGUUUUACUUUUAAACCUUAUGGAGCAAAAUAUCCUUAAAACUCUUCUCAGGAUGAAACAUUCAAAGCAUGAAAUCUGUUGCAUUUUCAAAUAUACAAACACAGUAUUCCUAAUUGCUGAAUUUUUUUUUGCAUAUUUAUUGAAAUGUUUAAGAGAAUAUAUGCUUGCCUUUCUUCAUCUCUUCAGGCUUUGAAGCUUUUAUUAGAAAAGCCUGUUUGUGGCUUACACUUAAGAUUAUGAAAGCAGUUUUUCUCUCAGGACUUGGUUUCUUGCAUUCCUCUCAGACUAAGCACUAAAAACACAUAGCUAGUCUUUCUUCAUGAACUAUAUCAAUCAAAACUAUAAUGGGCAAAGUGCUUUGUUAGAGUUUCCCCCAGCAGACUUUUCCUUCUCUUCUGCAUGGGCGAUUACUUGACUGUUGUGAUAUUGGUAAGUUUUUUUGAUACAGAAGAGUUAUUUUUGGAAGUUCUUAAUGAAUGAAAUAAGUGUGUAUGAUUAUUGAGAUGAUUGGUGUUUUUGACAAAUAUUUAUUACAGUAAUCCAGAAGUAACUAUUCUAACCACCUCAAAUUACAUAGAAUGCUUAUUUCUGAAUUAAUAAAUGUUCCAGCCAGGUGGUGA